AUGACAGACCUCCGCAUUGCCACCGUGCAGUUUGAGAAUAUAUCCGCCGACAAAACUGCCAACCUCGCCACCAUCCAGCGCUUCGCCGCCGCUGCCGCCACACAAGCAUGCCAUGUCGUCGCUUUCCACGAGUGCUGCAUCCCGGGUUACACGUUUGCGUCGCGCCUCUCCCGGGCGGAGCUCUAUGCCGUCGCCGAAGCCGUCCCCUCUGGCGCCAGCACCCAAGCUCUGAUCGGCAUUGCCAGGAAGGAGAACAUUGUGAUCCUCGCGGGUCUGUACGAGCGCGAUGAAGAAAAUCAAGAGAUUUACAAUACAUAUGUCUGUGUCUCUGGCGACGGGCUCCUGGCAAGUUUCCGGAAACUGCAUCCAUUCAUCAGCGCGCACCUGAGUGUCGGGAAUGAGCUCGUCGUUUUUGACUUGUUGGGCUGGAAAGCGGGUAUUCUGAUCUGCUACGAUAACAAUGUUGUCGAAAAUGUCCGCGCGACGGCUCUGUCUGGCGCGGAGAUUUUAUUCGCGCCGCACGUUACCAUGUGCACGCCGUCGACGCGCCCCGGCGCCGGAUUUGUCGAUGCGUCGCUGUGGGCGAAACGCCACGAGGAUCCGACGACGCUCCGCGCGGAAUUUGACGGAUUAAAAGGCCGCGCGUGGCUGAUGAAGUGGCUCCCCGCCCGGGCUUACGAUAAUGGCAUCUAUGUCGUGUUUAGCAACCCAAUUGGCAUGGACGACGAUCAGCUGAAAAACGGGUGCAGUAUGGUGCUAGAUCCUUUCGGCGAUGUGUUGGCCGAGUGUCAAAAGUUGGAUGAGGACAUGGCCGUGGCGCUGUGCACGAGGGACAAGUUGCAAGAGGCUGGUGGCUUUCGAUACCGCAAGGCGAGACGGCCAGAGGUCUACGGAGACGUCAUUGGGCAGGAGAAUGAUUCGCAACUCAAGGUUGCCUGGAUGUAG